UCCCUCCGAAGGUAUAUUCUCUGCUUUCCAAUUUUGUGCAAACAAUCCUUGCAGCUGUUAUUACAUGUAUAAUCAAAUAUAUAUUGUCUUUACUAAUUUUCUCUGGUAAGAUACCCAAUAGGAACAGCUCUGGUUUUAAGUCUAUAUGUUGUUGUAUCAUUUCCUCCGACCGUAAUUUAAUUUUAUUCCAAUAGUUCUUUGCUUCAGGGCGUGUCCACCACAUAUGAUAAUAUGUGCCUGGUAACUGGUGGCAUUUCCAACUGGCUACAGUCCUUCUCAACGACCGAUUUUAUCCGUCAUAUAACGGGCUUAACUUUUCCCACAGGUCUGGCAGUGUGGCGGGAGCAUGGAAGUCCUGCCUUGUUCCCGGGUGGCUCAUAUUGAACGCACCAAGAAACCUUACAACAACGACAUCGACUAUUACGCAAAGCGCAAUGCCCUACGUGCUGCUGAAGUGUGGAUGGACGACUUCAAAUCCCACGUGUACAUGGCAUGGAACAUACCAAUGACGAACCCUGGCGUUGACUUUGGAGAUGUGUCAGAAAGGGUUGCUUUACGGCAACGUCUGCAGUGCCGGAGUUUUAAGUGGUACUUGGAGAACGUCUAUCCUGAAAUGAGGGUUUACAACAACACCAUCACCUACGGAGAGGUACGCAACAGCAAAGCUAGUGGCUACUGCUUGGACCAGGGUGCAGAAGAUGACAAUAAAGCAAUCCUCUAUCCAUGCCACGGAAUGUCUUCCCAGCUUGUCCGUUACAGCACCGAAGGAUUGUUGCAACUGGGCCCGUUGGGAUCCACAGCGUUCCUACCCGACUCAAAAUGUCUCAUAGAUGAUGGGAAAGGAAGGACCCCAGCACUGAAGAAAUGCGAAGAUACGCUGAGACCAACCCAGCGACUCUGGGACUUCACACAGAACGGACCCAUCAUCAACCGAGAUACUGGACGGUGUCUAGAAGUAGAAAUGUCAAAAGAUGCCAACUUUGGACUUAGAUUGGUAGUACAGAGAUGCUCGGGGCAAAAAUGGAUGAUCAGAAACUGGAUAAAACAUGGAAGGCAUUGAUUUCCAAAGCUUCAAAGGACAAGGACUUCUCUUCUCCAAAUCCCAUGUGCUUAAUCUCUCCGAUGGUCGUAGAUUAAGUAGGAUUCCGAUGAAGAAACCAUGAUGGCUCUAAGAAGGAGGCCAGGGUACAAUUUUGGGGGUGUUAUUCUUACUUUUUUUUUUUUUUAAGGAACAAUGUGGCCUUGUCGAUGUCGAAAAAGCUGACAUGUCAAGGAAAAGACUAAUGUAGGACUCGUUCCUUUUAUAGACUUAGUUGGGUUGACUCUAAAGGAGGUUCCAUCUAGUGGACCUUCUCACCUGCCUCAUGUCAAUCAGAAGUGACCGCCCCCCUCAACCGUUCCUUGUGUCGUUGGGCGACCAAGAAAGUUUUCUCGUGUUUCUUUCUGAUGGAUAAGAGAGAGAGAGAGAGAAUAGACAAUAGAAUCAAACUUUGCUUUGGGUCUCAUGGAAUUGAGGGUGGGAGAAAGAACAGGGAGGGUAGCCAUAUUGGAGAUGGAUUUGGUAGGAUGGAUGGAUCUCGUGCCUCGCUGAAGACGCUCCUGUUCCAGGCGGAUUUUGUAGCUUUAAAUUGCUGGCUGGCUGCACACAACCCUUUUGUGGUGAACAGACCCAUGUGCCUUGUCUACUUGUGCUUCCUAUCCUGGGGAACUGGGAAGUCACACACAACUUCAGCAUGUCUGAUGAACUCUUUCAAAAGCACCCCAAAAGGCAACAGCGAAUACCCUGUAAAUAAAUUACACUGCCCUUCCCCCACCCCACCCCACCCCACCCCACCCCCCACAAAAUACACGAUCUGUUUCCAGCAAGUUGACUUGGACGCCGGCUGAUCACAAGAGUGUCGCAAUUUCUUGGAACGGGAAGAUGGAUGUUGUGCGUUUCGGCCCUACCGUCACAUCAACCUGCAGAAGGGAUGCUGGGAGGCGAGAGGUGCUUUGAUUGGGGUGGGGUGGGGUGGAGGGGUCUAUCACACCUGCGAUGUUCAAACGGUUACCUGCAACCCCAGGUUUAAAGGGGCCACUUCUUAGGGACUUUCCAAACAUUUCUGUCAAAUUGUAAUUUUUUCCCCCCAAAUGGGUUGGAAUAAGGGGCAUUAUUCAAUGCCCUGGGGGAUUCAUCCCAUCGGCUGCAUUUCAUUCAUCUGGCAUUAAAUUUUAAUUGACCGUA